GCGACGGAAACUUGAAUACGUCAUUAGUGCGCGACUCGAAGCAGCAUGGCUGAUCUCUCGUGUUAGAGACUGUAAACGAAAUCUCACCAGCUCUGGAACAUGAAAGAUAUUAAAGACAUGGCGGAGAACCACGACGACAGCCUCGGGAUAGAGGUGAUUCUUCCAGAAGGGGGUACAACUGCGCCAUGUUGCCCGCAUGGUCCUACCUUGCUGUUCGAGAAGGUCAGCAAAGGAGAAGAGACCGGCCGGAGAUUCUACGCCUGCUCAGCCUGUAGAGACAGAAAAGAAUGCAGUUUUUUCCAAUGGGAGGAGGACAAGGUGUCGGAGGCCAGGCUGUUGGCCAGAGAAGCAGAGAACAAGUCAAAGAGACCGCCGGUCAGCCACCAGGAGUACUGUACCAGGUUCAGGAAGUUUUCCUCCCUCCGACCGGAUGAGAAGAAGUUCUGCCAGGACUGUCAGACUCUGCUCCCGGCAGGAGAGCGCGAGGCCCACUCCUCUCACCGAUUCACAGGUGUCACCGAAGCCCAGCUGAAGAGGCCCAGCGUGCUGCUGCGUCCUCUGAACAACAAGAAGAGCAACGCCCAGUACCUGUUCACCGACCGCAGCGCACACUUUCUGCUGGACACCUUAGCUGGUCUGGGCUACACGAAGGUCGUGUGUAUGGGCACACCCAGACUCCAGGAGCUGAUCAAGCUGCGCAACCUGGAGCAGAAACAUGAGCCAAUGAAGAGUCUGCUGCUGGAUAUUGAUUUCAGAUAUGCCCAGUUCUACAGCCAGGAUGAGUUCUGUCACUACAACAUGUUCAACCAUCACUUCUUUGGCGGAGAGGCCUCCAGUGCAGUUCUGCAGGCCUUCCUCAACGAGUGUGACAAGGAGAAAGUGGUGAUGGUGGCUGACCCUCCAUUCGGUGGUCUGGUGAAGCCUCUGGCCAAUAGCUUCUCUCUGAUCUCACAGACAUGGAAGAAGCUGCAGAGCUCUGAGAGCAGUAAUGCUGACAUGCCGAUGACGUGGAUCUUCCCAUAUUUCUUUGAGCCUCGCAUCCGAGAGUGCAUCCCCUCUCUCACCAUGCUGGACUACCAGGUGGACUACGACAAUCAUCCUCUGUACAAACAUGGGAAGACAGGCCGGAAGCAGUCUCCUGUUAGAUUGUUCACCAACAUCUGUCCCAAAGAUGUUGUCCUGCCCAAAGAGGAGGGCUACAGAUUUUGCGCUGUGUGUGAGAGAUACGUCUGGUCCCUCAACAAACACUGUGCCAAAUGCAACGUCUGUCCAUCCAAGGAUGGUCGUGAAUGGAAGCACUGCUCAGCCUGUGAGAAAUGUGUAAAACCAUCAUGGAAACACUGUCAGUCGUGUGGUCACUGUGCCCUCCCAGACCACCCGUGUGGCCAGAGCGAAGGAAAGGAGGGCUGCUUCAUCUGCGGCAGCCUGCAGCACAGGCGCAAAGCCUGCCCUCGCAGAGACAUGUCAAGGAUCAGGAGUCAUCGUUCUAACACAAAGAAAGGAGGCAAGAAAGGAGGCAAGAAGCAACCACAACCACCCCUCAGCAAGUCUAAAGGGAAGAGGAAGUCUGGAGCUUCUCGCAGAGCUAAGAAGAUGGCUGCUCAGUCUGUGUGACCUCAGCAUUCAUGCAGUCUUGUCAGCUGUGAGAUCAGAAGCUGUGCAAUUUUUUUUUUUUACCUUAAACAACUGUAGUAGAAUAAUAAAAAAUAAAAAGUUAUAUAAAAGUUCAAUAAAAGUAAUUGAAAACAGA